AUGCUGGCUGCUCACAACAAUGCCAGGUCCAAUGUCUCGCCGAAGCCUUGCACCCCGCUAGUGGACCUGACUUGGAGCUCCACCCUGGCAAGCGUGGCGCAGACGUACACCAAUCGCUGCAUCUUCGACCAUAAUGGAAAUAGAAAGACCGAUGCCGGCAGUGCUUUCGCAAGACGGACAGUCGGGGAGAACCUCUACAUUAGUGUUGCCAGUACAGUUGGUGGGCCAUGGGGGUUAGACACGGAUGCCGACGACGUCGUUGCAAGCUGGGACAACGAGAAAUACGACUACAACUUCACCACGAACACGUGCAAACCUGCCAAGGUGUGCGGCCAUUACACGCAGCUGGUGUGGAGCAGCACAACCCAAGUCGGCUGCGGUGCGAAGAUGUGCAUGACCGCCGACACAACGGGCCAUAGUUUCAACCCCACGCGGUUUCCACUUGCCUACCUGGUUACAUGCAAUUACGCUGAUGCCCAAGGUCGCCAGCAACCGUACAAACUGACCACUACUUGUCCUCCGACCACAACUUCUUCUCCAACCACUACACCUGCCCCAGUCACCACCCCUCCUCCAGCCACUCGCACCCCAGCACCGUCAUCUCUACAACAGUCCACAGGGAAUGACACAACGGUUGCGGGCCAGUCGUCCGCGCCCAGCACGCAUUCUCCCCGUCUGUUCAUGGCCAUCUGUCUGGCCGGACUGGUUCCUCUUAUAUUGACUGCGUCUCUCUAA